GGCACCAAACACUUUUUCAUUUUCUCAUCAAGAAUUAGCACUAAUAAUAAUGAUUAAAUAAUAAUUAGCUUUUUUUAAAAAAGCUAAAAACUUUCAUGUUUUCCUAAAGAUUGUAUUUCUUUGGUGUAAAUAUGGCAAAUGCAACAUGGGUUUUCACCCCAAAAAUGAGGGUUUUAGGAUCUGGGUUUUGUUCCUCUAUGAGGGUAUCAUGUGCCAGCACUGUUCAAGGUGCUGGUGAUAAGCUUUUUUCUGAUGAAUUUAAGCCUAACAGGCUAGUUGGCAAGGGCUGCAAAUUGGUUGGAUGUGGUUCUGCUGUACCCGCUCUUCAGAUUUCUAAUGAUGAUCUUUCCAAGAUUGUUGAUACUAGUGAUGAAUGGAUAUCUGUUAGAACUGGAAUCCGUAAUCGAAGAAUUCUUACAGGGAAGGAUAGAAUGACAGGUAUGGCUGUUGAGGCAGCUCAAAAAGCCCUGGAGAUGGCUGAGGUUGACCCUGACGAUGUGGAUCUAGUCUUGUUAUGCACAUCUACCCCAGAUGAUUUUUUCGGUAGUGCUCCUCAGAUACAAGCAGCACUCGGGUGUAAAGGAAAUCCACUGGCUUUUGAUAUUACAGCUGCUUGUAGUGGAUUUUUGUUGGGUCUAGUUUCAGCUGCUUGCUAUAUCCGAGGCGCGGGCUUUAAAAAUGUUCUUGUUAUUGGAGCCGAUGCUCUGUCUCGUUAUGUUGAUUGGACGGAUAGAGGAACUUGUAUAUUAUUUGGGGAUGCUGCUGGCGCAGUAAUACUUCAGGCUUGUGAAAGUGAGGAAGAUGGUUUAUUUGGCUUUGAUUUGCACAGUGAUGGUGAAGGAAACAGGCAUUUGAGUGGGAGCUUCAAAGAGAAUGAAACGGAUAGUUCAUUUGGUACUAAUGGUUCAGUUAUGGGAUUUCCUCCAAAAGGUUCUUCUUUUUCAUGUAUUCAAAUGAAUGGUAAGGAGGUCUUUAAGUUUGCUUGUCGUGUGGUGCCACAGUCGAUUGUGAAUGCCUUAAAGACUUCUGGGAUGACCCUUUCUAACAUUGAUUGGUUAUUGCUCCAUCAGGCGAACCAGAGGAUCCUUGAUGGAGUUGCAACGCGUUUAGAAUUCCCAGCAGAUCGAGUCAUAUCAAAUUUGGCAAACUAUGGUAACACGAGUGCGGCUUCUAUUCCGUUAGCGUUAGAUGAAGCCGUGCGUAGUGGGAAAAUUAAGCCUGGUCAAACAAUUGCAACAUCAGGAUUUGGGGCAGGUCUUACGUGGGGCUCUGCUAUUAUCAGAUGGAAGUAAAAGAAUGGAAGCUGAAAUGCAGAAAUACCGAUUGGUUCCUAAUAUGUCCAUACAUAUUAAAGUUGAGGGUCUUUGUGUUUUUUUGGGACGGUUUCUAGAUAGCUGAAUUUGAUGAGAUUCAAAGUAUUAUACAUAUAAUUUGAGUUUGUCACAUAUGGUUUUGAAUUUUGAUUUGUACCAGGAUACAUAAGCUAGAAAUUAGUGGAUUAUACGUCUUCAGUGUCAAGUUUUAAAGGUGUUAAGUGAUUUUGUACCUGUAUUUACCAAGAGAGUACUAUUAAAGAAUAAUAAAUAAAUCUUCAAUAACACAAUGGGGCUGUUUUUAUUU